AUGCCUCAAGUCCCCCUAGCACCUGUCGAACUAGGCGCGAUAGUCGUCGAGAGCUUGUUCAUGGGUGCCUACCUGGUCACUUUCGCAGUCAGCGUUCACUUCCUGUUUUUUAAACGCUUUCGCCACCAUAAUUCGGCACGAUCUACCCCGAGGUCACCAAUGACUAUCAUCUGCCUGGUUCUUUUCUUGUGCAUCAUGGCUCACUGGAUCCUCGACAUCAUCAGGCUUUUCGACGCUUUCAUCAGCAAGAAGAGCGAUCCUGUAGCCUUUUAUUCGGUGCUAUCCGAUGGCAAGAACGUUGCCAGGUCAUUCCUUUAUAACUUUGAGACCUUUUGCGCUGAUUCCAUCAUGGCGUAUCGUCUGUAUCAUGUCUGGGGACGUUCUCUCAAAAUAUGUAUCUUGCCCGUGCUCACGACUUCAAUGAUCGCCAUUGCUGGAAUAGGCAUUACUGUCCAAUUUGCCUCGAUCCAACCAAAUAUCGAUGUGUUCACCUCUGAGUGUGGUCGCUGGAUCACAACGCUGUUCAGUGCUACAUUGAUCACAAACGUGUAUUCUAGCACGCUCAUCGCAUACCGCAUCUGGAAGAGCCAUACAGCUGUGAAGCAAUCCAAAUUCGGUUGGUCCGCGGCCGUCCCACGGGCGAUACACAUCGUCGUCGAGAGCGCUGCCAUCUAUACCGCGUGUACUCUGAUCACAUUCAUCGCCUAUCUGGUCGAGUCGAAUAUUCAAUAUGCUGCGUUUGACGCGACGAGCCCCGUCAUUGGCUUCGUAUUCUGUUUGAUCAUCGUUCGCGUCCAAGUCACCAAGACCACUGCAUCCCGGAGCGACGCCGAGACUCGGGCCUAUCCAAUGCAGCCGAUACAUCCUGUUAUGAUUAGUAUCGAGAGCGAAGUCGUAUCUGAUGGGCGGGCGUCCUACAAGGGUGGUGAUUGUGAUGCGAACGCCGUUGCGGACAGUACUAGUGUUUGA